CAACGCUGCGAGUGUCUACUCCAAGGCCUGAGGCUUCCGCCGGGGUCCAGCCGGGCUGCGGCUAUUGUUCGUGCAGGCCGAGUGUUUUGGCUGUAAGCCAUCAGCGCCUCCGAGACUCACUCGUCCUUCUCAGUACUCCACCUUUCUCCACAAAAGCAGCACACCAGAGGAAGGAUGUUCAUUAUUUUCCUCACAGUUGAUCUCAGAAUGGCACUGGUCCAUAGACUAAAUUAACCACUGAUGUGACAACAUAAGAUAAAGAAAUACUUGGCAUCUUGAUCCCUAACACCACAGGACUUUGUGACCAACAACAUAUACUCUGCCCUAAUAUUGGAUCUAUGGUCUGGUGGACUGAGAAUCACCUGGAGUGUCCCCUGGGCACCUGAGUACCAAUUUGGAGUCCCCUCAUACUCCAAUGAAUCAGAGUUCUUCUUGGAAAGCUUGACCUUUGACCAGAUGGCAGUAACUUUUGAAGAUGUGACUGUUGAAUUUACUUGGGAUGAAUGGAAAUUCCUGGAUUCCUCUCAAAGAAAGCUCUACAGAGAGGUCAUGUGGGAGAACUACACAAAUGUCAUGUCCAUAGAAAACUGGAAAGAAAACUGCAAAGCACAAGAACAAAGAGUUGGAUAUUUAGAACAUGAAAAUAUUUCCUUUUGGCAAGGCUGGAGAAAUGCUAGCACUCAGAAAUAUGAGAAUCAGAACUACAUGGAAACUGCCCAUGAGGUGAAGUCCAGAGACGUAAAGCCGCAGGACCUUUCCCAGCAUCAAGAGUGGUUAAAACUGUCACAGGUACCAGGGUAUCAUAACUAUGAACUAAAUUUUGAAGGCAAAAGUCCCAGGAACUUGAAAUUUACAAAGUUUAUACCUUGGCAAUCCCUAGAAUUAAAACCCUCUCAAGACUAUGUUAGAGAAAUGUAUGUGAAUGAUUCACAUGGUUUUCAAGGAAGUAGAUGUCAUGUUGGCAUAUCAUGGAAAAAUUUAACAGUAGAAAAAGAACAGAAGCUCAUAGCUAACCAUUCUUAUAUCCCAGUGGAGGGGGCCCUUUCAAACUACAUUGGACACACAUGCCUAAAUGACUUGCUGAAAGACUCUAUGGGAAAGAAAUAUUGUGCCUGUAAAAAAUGUAAAGAAAUAUAUUAUUGGAACUCACAAUGUUUUCUUCACAAAAGAAAUAAACUUGGAGAAAAGUUUUAUCAGUGUUCAAUCAGCACAAGAUGCUUCUCUCAGAGAUCAGACCUAUAUAGACAUCCACAAGUCCAUGUAGGCAAAAGGCUUUAUGGAUGUGAAGAGUUUUGCAGUAACUUUAGUCAGAGUGUAGGUGUUCACUUUCGACACAGAGCCCACAUGGGGGAAGUACCUUUUAUCUGUAAAGUGUGUGGUGAGAGCUUCGGUCAGAUCUCUAAUCUCCACAAUCAUCAAAGAGUCCACACAGAAGAGAAAAUCUAUAAAUUUGCGUCUGGUAAGGACCUCAGUAGAAAUCCAUUACUUCACAUUCACCAGAAACUUCAUGCAGAAGAAAAGCCUUUUAAAUGUGAUCAAUGUGGUAAGACUUUUAGUCGGAGUUCCGUGCUUCAUGUUCAUCAGAGAGUUCACACAGGAGAGAAGCCAUAUAAGUGUGAUGCGUGUGGUAAGGGCUUCAGUCAGAGCUCAAAUCUUCGAAUCCAUCAGUUAGUCCAUACAGGAGAAAAGUCUUACAAGUGUGAUGACUGUGGCAAGGGCUUUACCCAGCGCUCCAAUCUUCAAAUUCAUCAGAGAGUGCAUACAGGAGAGAAACCCUACAAAUGUGACAACUGUGGGAAGGACUUUAGUCACAGCUCAGAUCUUCGUAUUCAUCAGAGGGUUCAUACAGGUGAGAAACCCUAUACUUGCCAUGAAUGUGGGAAAGGCUUCAGCAAGAGUUCAAAGCUGCUUACUCAUCAAAGAGUGCAUACUGGAGAGAGACCCUAUAAAUGUGAGCAGUGUGGGAAGGGAUUCAGUCAACGUUCACAUCUUCUCAUUCAUCAGCGAGUUCAUACAGGAGAAAAACCCUAUAAAUGUGAUGACUGUGGAAAAGACUUUAGCCACAGCUCUAAUCUUCACAUUCACCAGAGGGUGCACACAGGAGAGAAGCCUUAUCAAUGUGCUGUCUGUAGUAGAGGGUUCAGUCAUAGCUCAGCUCUUCGGAUUCAUCAGAGAGUCCAUUCAGGAGAGAAACCUCAUAAAUGCCAUGAAUAUUAUAAGGGAUUUGAUCAGAAUUCACAAUUUCACAAUAAUUACUGAAACAAAACCUUUUUUAUUUCAGUUUAUCAAUAAGCUUUCAUCAAAGCUUAAUCUUAAACCUAAUAAAUGCUUCUAGAAGGAAAAUUUUAUAAAUAAGCAAAUCCAAGAAAUGUUUGUAACUUUCACUAAGAAUUAGUUAUUUCCAGAGGAGACUUUUAUGAGUAUUCCUAUAUAUUUAAAUUUAAAGUGUAUUUUCUGUUUCUACUAUAAAUAAUAUAUAUGCAUUAUAAGAGAUAAUAACAGGAGAAAAUUUCAUUGUAUUUUUACUCUUUUUUGGGUAAUUUUCAUGUGCAUGAAAUCUUCUGUAUUCUGUAUUCAACUUCUGUAUUUUCACUGAAUUCAAAUUUUACUUGGAGUUGAAAAUGACUAGCUAUUUAUGCAAUGCAUCUUUAAUCCCCCAUAAGGAUCCUAGGAAGCCAAAGGGGAAAAAAUGAGAACAAUUGACUACAACAGUAGACAAUCUGUUGUUCAAUUAAAGGAAUUGUUGGGCCAAUAGAAUUAAAUUGCUUAUGACAAAAGAUAGGAAAUCACUGUGUGAGCCUCUCUCCGAGAUAGAGUAUCUUAGAGCUCUUCUUAGCUAUCAGCUAUAAAACUCAGGAACCUCGUAUUGUUGAAGAGGCCCCACACUUUGAUGAAUACAGGGGACUCUUGCCUACCCAGUUUUCCACAUAUGUUCACAGAUUUAGAUACCAACAAGACUUAAAAAAUUUAGUUUUUCUCUUUUUUUGAGGGGUAGGGCGCACCCAGUGAUGCUCAGGGGUUACUUCUGGUUCUAUACUCAGGAAUUACUCCUGGCUGUGUUCAGAGGAACUUACAGGCUGCCAGGGAUCCAGCCAGGGUUGACCACAUGCACGGCAAAUGCCCUACCCAUUGUACUAUCAUCCCAUCCACAAGUUAUUUUUGUUUUGUUUGUGGGCCACACCUUGAAAUAUUCAGGGCUUACUCAUGGCUCUGUGCUUAGGGGUCACUCCUACUGGUGGUUGGGGGACCAUAUGGGUUGUUGGGGGUCAAACCCAGUUGGUUGCACACAAGGCAAACAUCCUACCAGCUGGAUAUAGUUUUUCUAGAUAGUAUGUGAUGUAUGUGAACAAACGCUUAUAAGAGUGAAAGCUAGUAACUGAAAGUUCUCUGAUAGUUCAGAAUUAGAGUUAUGAACAAUAGAAUUUGAUUCAAUCUCAAUAGAAUAUAGUGGUAACAGAUAUAACUGCUAGGAUCGGAGUUGAACUUAAGAGCUGUGUAUAAAACGUGAACCUCUAUGCUAGUGAUGUAAGGAGAAUUUGUGCAUUAUAAAAAUGGACUCAAAUUAGGAAGAAUAAAACCUAGUCAUUGAUAUGCAAAUAUAUUUAGAUUUCUCUUCCCAAUAGACAUGACUAAGGGAUUGUAAAACCAAAGAAAGGAUUAUCAUUGUAAAGAAUUAGAAAUGUAUAGCCCUGAAAAAUUGCUAAUUCAGCCUCCUCAAGUUUUCAACCCCAAACCCAACAAGAAACCCAAUGUUUUUAACAUAACAGAAAACCUGAAAAAUAAAUGUUGAAAAAUAAAAUUAAGCAUUCAUCUCACAUAUGAACUGAUCUGAGCACAAGUUACCAAGUUUUUAAAUGACAAAGAACAUCAAUAGAUUAAAACAAUAAAAUAACCACUUCACAAAAUUUAAUAGCUAUUUUCAGUGAGAUUACUGAGUAAAGGAUUCAUGACUAUUUCAAAAUAAACUGACAUGUUUUGGAAAAACAAUUUGGUCAAUUAUAAGCCUUAAAAUUGUUCAUACUUAUUUUUUUGGGGGGAGGGGAUCACACGGAUCACACCUGGUGAUGCUUAGGUCUUACUCCUAGCCCUGUGCUCAGAAAUUACCUCUGGCAGUGCUUGGGGAACCAUAUGGAAUUUUGAGGAUUGAGCCUGGGUUGGCUGCAUGCAAGGCAAACUCCCUCCCCACUGUCCUAUUGCUCCAGCCCCUUUUCAUGCUUAUUCUUAAAAUGGUGUCAAUCUGUGUCCAGUGGAAAUAGUUACAGUAUUGGGGCCUUAUGUUUGCAAAGAACAAAGAUGCACUUAUGUAUAUAAUGAAGUUAUGUAAUUAUUUUUCAGUCUUACAAAAAUACAGACAGAAGAGACCAUCUGAGAAUUGCUCUAGGAAGCCUGAGUGAGACCGAUCUUGCAUUUUUUAAAUUGAAACACUCUGAGAUAGACCCAUAAAAAGCUGUUCAUGAUUAGGCUUCAGUCACACAGUGUUUCAACGCCCAUUCCUCCACCAUUGUACAUUUCCCAAUACCAGUGUCCCCAGUUUCGCUUCCAUCACCACCCCUAUCCUCACCUGCCUCUAUGGCAGUCUCUCUCUCUGUCUCUCUCUCUCUUUUCUCCC